UGGUCCGUCUAUUAUUAUCUUCCCCCGGUCAGGAAGUACACACGAUAAACGAAUGGAAGGAUUUUUCUUCUAACCACAAAAUGCUCGAUAUUUAUUUUAAACUUUAAACCAAAAUGUCAUUUUAAUGAAAGGUAAAAUAACAUAACAACUGCUAUGGGAACAGAGGAGGGCCAUAAAGUAGAUUUGUUGGAGAGUUUUUGUCCGAAUGAAGAUGAAAUUGAGAAGUGGAUGUGCAGCGCCUUCGAAAUGGCCAGCGAUGCUCUGAACAACGGAGAGGUGCCUGUCGGAUGUCUGAUGGUCUACGAAGACAAGGUGGUGGGGAGAGGAAGGAAUGAAGUCAACGAGACUAAAAAUGCAACUCGUCACGCGGAGAUGGUCGCCCUGGACCAGGUACUGGACUGGUGUCGUCAUAGCAACCUGGACGUGGGGCGCGUGUGUGAGCGGACGGCUCUGUACGUCACUGUGGAGCCGUGCAUCAUGUGUGCUGCAGCCCUGCGCCUCCUCAAGAUCCCCGUGGUCGUGUACGGCUGCGGAAAUGAGCGUUUCGGGGGCUGCGGAUCAGUUCUGGACAUCUCCUCUGCAGACCUUCCUCACACGGGGACAAAGUUCAAGUGUGUUUCAGGUCACAGAGCUGAAGAAGCUGUUGAGAUGCUGAAAACUUUCUACAAACAAGAGAAUCCUAAUGCUCCAAAACCCAAAACAAGGAAGGACUGACCCCAAACAA